UGUUAAAAGAAGAAGAGGAAUUGAAAAUUGUUGAGGAAGAGUUACCAAGAAAUUCACAAGACCUAAAGUUAGAAACUUCUCUUGCAGAUUCAAAGAUCGUAGAAUUAGAGAAAAAGGUUGAAGAACUUAUUCAAGAGUUGGAAAAUGUUCAAAAAAAAUCAAAUGAUACACAUUUAGAGUUAGAGAAAAGGGUCGAAGAGCUCCUUAAAGAAAAGACUGAUUUAAUUUCUGAUAAAGAGAAUCUCACUCGAGAUUUUGAAACCGCACAAAAAAAAUCAAACGAUACUCAUGCUGAGCUUGAAAAGAAGAUCGAAGAACUUCUUAAAGAACGAAAUGAUCUAAUUUCUGGAAAAGAAAGUCUUAUAAAAGAUUUAGAAAUUGUUCAAAAGAAGUCAAAUGAGAUUCAUACUGAAUUGGAUGAUGAGAAAGAAGCUGUUCGAGAAAUGAAAGAAAAAUUGUCAGAAACCGAAAAAAAUUAUAAAGUCUUCGAAUCAGAUAAUGCUUUACUUCAUGCUGCCAAAACCCAAGCACUUGAAAAGUUAUCAGAUGUAGAGUCAAGGUUGAAAUCUGUAACACAGCGUGAACAUGACCUUCAAGAAUCAUUAAAUGAGGCUAAAGCAACUAUUCAAAAACAUGAGUCUGAAAUGGAGGGCCUAAGAAAACAAAUACUUGAAGAAGAGGACAAACGCAAUAAAACGGUUACCUUAUUAAAAAAGCUCCAAUUAAGAAUUCAUACACUCGAAAAAGAGAAAAAAGAUAUUAGUGAGGAAAUGGAACGACUUCAGGAAUUACAUAAAGUUUCAGAACAAAACGCGACCGCCAAUUUGAAACAGGAGUCAGCACGAUUUAACAAAGAAUUAUCAGCAAAAUCUGCACAAAUUGAAAAAUUAACAACUGAAAAGGAAGGAUUGUUUGAUCAAUUACAGAUAAAACAAGCUGAAUUUGACUCAUCACAAUCAUUACUUGAAACACUACAACAUGGUUCUAAGGAGAUGACACGUCAGUUAAAAGAAACUGAAGAGCGUUCACAAGCAUUGGAAGAAGAAACGACUUCAUUAAAGAAACGUCUUAAGGAAAUAAAACGAGAGAAUGAAACUUUGAAGACCAAAGUUGAAGAUUUAACAGGAGUAACAGAGAAAUUGGAGGUUAUAAAAAAACAAAUCGAAGAUUAUAAGCAAGGAAAAGAAAAAGCCGAAUUAGAAUUAAUUGAAAUUAAACGUACGUCUGAUGUUCAAAAACAAGAUAUGAUUGGACAAUUAACAGCGAGAGAGCAAGAAAAAAGUAAACUAAUGACAGCAUUUCAAGAAAAAGAAGAGCUUUUGAAACUAGCGCAAGAUGAGAAUGAUUCUUUGAAAAAGUUGGUACAAGAAUUAGACGAAAAGAUGAAUGCUCUUACCGCAAAAAUGGCCAAUGCUGACGAGAAAUCUGUUAAAUAUCGGGAGUUGGAACAUAACCUUCAACGAAGUAAAGAGGAGUAUGAAAAAUUACUCGAGGAAGCUCGCAUGCGAGAAGGCCAACUAAGAAAUAAUAAUAGAUCACUCAAGGAAGAAGUCCGUAAACUUCAGAAAUCAUCAGAUCGUGGUACACCAACAUCACCCUUACAACCCUCAUCUCCUACAGCGAUAAGAAAUUCAAUACCAUCUAAUCCUCCUACAAUCCUUAGUACAGGGCUAGAUGAUGAUGUUAAGGUUGACUAUUUGCGAGCUCUGUUGCCAGUUUUAACAACAUUACUUAGGAUACCUCUUGAAGAAAAAAAAAGAUUAGAAUUAAAGUAUGAAACAUCAUUUACACAUGACAAAGAUACAAAGAUAUUCUGGGAUAGAAUUGAGUUAACUUCUGAUGGAAAGAAG